CAGACACACACACCGACGGGGAGUUGAGCUUCCUCUGACAUGUCACAACCGGAUUUCAGUCGUUUGUAACUGUCGUUUGAAGAAGAAGACUCUCAUCUACAACUAUGACCGCUGACACCAAACUCGAAGUGGACGCCAAGCCGCCUCAAGCCACCGCUACGACGGAGUACUGCGCCGAGCUGCAGCGGUGGAUGUGGCGGAGCUACUGGUGCUCCGCUGGCUGUCAGAGCUGGGCGCCGCCGCCGGGGACACACAACGCCCCGGCCGGCGACUACCAGCUACUUUAUGACACUCGACACUGGCACAGCUACCCGUAUCUUCUCACCCCGGGCGCCCUCUCUCCUCCUCCGCCGGGAGGGGCCCAGACGGAGCGGGGCUCAGCGGGCACCGACGCCCCGCCGCGGGCAGGACGUGAGUACACCAUCCCCUCUCCCCUCCAGAGGUUCCUGGCAGAAACAGUGGACUUCUGCAUUCUGUUUUGUGUGAAGGUCACCAUUGUGCUGUGGAUCAUGCAUCUGAGUGGGAUGACGGACAUUGCCAAAUUCAUCACCCAGUUCAUCGUGGUGGAGAUAGACGAGAACACGUCCCUGGAGGAUCUGGAGAAGAUACUGGCUGUCGCUCUGGCCCACAGGGUGCUGGUGUGUGUCUAUGAGACCGUCUGUAUUUGGGGCGCCGGCGGCGCCACGCCGGGAAAGUUUCUGCUGGGGCUGCAGGUGGUGACGUACGACACGUCCAGCGUGGUCCAGCACAACCGCGUUCUGGUGGUUCCGGCCACCGACGUCUCCCUGUCAGCCUCAGCAAUGCGGGCGUUGAAAAAGAACCUCUCCAUCGCCUUCCUCAUCCCGGUCUUCAUCACGCUCUUCUUCUUCCGCCACAACCGGACCGCGUACGACGUCGUGGCGGGCACCAUCGUGGUCCAGCGCCGGGGGGCCAGAUAGCGCCCCCUCCAGGCAGAAGACUCUCAUCCAGGACUUUACUGCUGAUGCGGCGUUACAGGCCUGUGGGGUCUUUACUGACAUUUAGAGCCGUGCCGCCGCCGUGCGGCUCCGGGGGGAGCAGGAACCUUUUUCCCGUGACACUGGAACCUUGUGACACCCUUUAACGUAAUGUUUUUUUUGUUUUUUUUCUGAAUAUGUGAAGCUGGAGGUGUACUAAGACGUCUUCUGGUGCACUGUGGAUUCCUGUGUGUGUGAUGCCUCAGUGCACUCUUUAUUUAUUUUGUAUGAAGUUGAACGUGCUUGUGUUUUUAGAAUUUAAUGAGUUGGUCUUUGGCGACCUCUUGUGGUUUUAUUUAAAAUGUUCAACCAUUUUCCACAGUGGCUUUCUACGUUUUCAUUUCUAUCAUUUAGUAAGAGAAAAAUCUGACACGAAGGAGCCGAACAUUCUGUCUGUACAUGAGUCACCUCUGGGUUGUUUUUUUUUUUUAAUUCCUUGAUUUUAUAUUAUCAAACCCACCUGCCCUCACUGCUGCCACACAAACCCAAAGUUAAUACAGUACUUGAAUUUCAGAGUCUUAUCAGGGUCCAAUAUGGCGAAUGUGAAUUUCCUCCUAAAGGGGCUUCCUGUGUUUCCUCCUGGCUGCUCUAGAGUUUUGAGCAGUGAUCCUGAAAGGUUUGUUUUAGGAUCCGGUUGAAGGUUGAGCCAGGAAUAGGUUGUAAUGCUGUAAAUUUAGUGUUGAUUUUAUUGUGACACAUAUUAAUAUUUACAUACAUUUUGCUACAGGAAGCGUUGACAUGAGCGGGAUGUGAUCAGGUGUACAAAAAAUAAAACGGGCACUUGAAAACUAAGAUGAUAGUAACCUAACUCGCCUGUUAAUUUUGGGACUCCAGCCACAUGAUUUUUUUGUUUUCAACAGAUUGUUCAGUGCUCCAGUAAGGCUGUCAGAUCUCUACUUAAGAACAAAAUGAAACUCCUGCUAUUAAAUAUGAUGGAUUUAAGAAUGCACUGCAGCGCUGGUUCAGUAUCUCCAAUUUGCCUAAAUCCACUGCAUGAACACAACCUAAUGAUGUGUGUGAUUGGAUGCUUUCCAAACCUAUUAAAAAAGAAAAAUAAGAAAACAUUCUCUCAUUGUGACGGCACACCGCGAGACGGGGGCAGAAAAUACAGCAUCCACCGAGAGUUCUUCAAAAUAGGCCAAAUAUAUCAUUAAAAUCAUUUUUUUUA